GAGUGCUAGUAUCGAAAAAUAAAAUAAUGAAAUAUUACGAACCAAUGUUAAUACAUGUAAAGCUAAUCAAAACGAAGAAAAUAAAAUAACAAAUGAUAUAUCUACAAUAUUUAAAGAAAAUAUUGCAAAUAGUGAACAAAUAAUGUCGCUCGAGAGUUCACUUGAUUUGGACAGUGACAAAUAUGUUCAAGAAGCAAUAACACCUAUUGAAUCAGAAAAGGAAUUAUUGGAGAACGACAGAAAAAAAUUUUGCUCAUUGAAAAGAAAAAGUGUUGAGCCAUUAACAGGCUCAAAAAGAUUUUGCAAUCCACGUUUCAUUGGAGAUCUUCACCGUGAAGAUUUUAUUUCUGAUGCAAGUUAUAAUAUAGUGAAAAAUUAUUAUCAGGAAUCAAAGAAAAAAUUAAAUACAAUGAAUCGACAAAUUAAUCGAUUAACAAAAAGAAUGGGAAGCUUUCAAGAAUUAUUAACUCACCUCAAGGAUAUUGGAUUAUCUAAAGAAGCCUUAAAUGCUAUACAGUCUAUGAUUGUCGCCAACUUUUGCGCAUCGCGAGCGACGAAAGUAGAAACUUGACCAAUCUCUUGAGCGACAUCGCGCCGAGCCUCGCGACGGAUGUGACGUUCGGAAAAGCAGAGCUCUUAUUGGAUAUCGCCCAUCGCUCAUCGCUCAUCGUGUCCAGUGUGCGAAGGCCAUUACGGUAUCAUUUCAUCUUUGUUGU